AACUGCUCCGUCCUCCCCGCCUUUCUCUGCCUGCUUGCCCAGUCUGGGCUGCCUGCUGGUUCUCAUGAGAAAGAGCGUUUCAGGAGCUGCGAACGCCGUUUGCUUUAUUACUGAGCAAAACCCGAGUUGUACAAACAGCUACCAGAGAAGGUGAGAGAAGCAAACACAACCUCUAAAAAUGCACAGCAUACACUAUACAGUAGAGUUGCCAGAUUUAAGCCUUAUAUGGGUGUUUUUUGUUUUGGAGCUGUUGGCACUCCUGCUUCCCCUGUUUAUCAUGGAAGAAUCCCAACUUUUCAGUACUUGCCCUGGUAAAACGGUGCUCCCCGUUUUUGCUUUCGGGAGGGAGAUGUCGGGGAGAUGUUUUCUAAAUGUUAUUAUUAUAGGCACCCGUGUUGAAGUUUCAGGCCCAGCUCUCUGUUGCUUCUUAAGAGCACCUGCGCUUUUGCAUUGCAGCUGUUCUAUUUAAAGAAAUAAAAUGCAAUCAGGUCCAUCCACAUGUUGAAGAUAGUUGAUAUAAUUUUUAAAGGGUAAUGUAAUAGACAGCAGGUGGAGAAGACCAAUGUGUAUGUGUGAUGUGGUUGCCCAUCUGUUUUUAAGAGAGUUGAUUGUUGUGGAAUGUGGAACAGAUCUUCAGAACAAGUGGGAUUUGGCAGCACUGCCUUCAGCUGUGGAACUUCUUGCAGGUCUAAGAGGGGCAUCUUAUGUUCUUUCCCAAAGAAGCAGGAAUGUUAGAAGCAGCAUAAACACAAUGUGAGAUCUAGGCAGCUCUCUCACCAAGACAAUUUGAUGACUUCCUGGGUUGGUUUCUGUAGGCUUAGCCUGUGGACAUUUUUUGCACAGUGACUGUGUAAAUUAUAAUUCUGACAGCACCUUUUCAUGCUUUGUUUGAAAUGGUUAUCACUUCCAGUAAUGAGAGUCGAGAUAUGCUAAAUAUAUGAUUUUUCCUCUCUCUCUCCACCCACUUGGUGCCAGUUCACACAUGACAUAUUAUCUACAAGAGUGUGGCAUGUGUGUAAUACACUGAUGUGGGAAGGUAAUGCAAGUUAUUUGUUGGAAAAGUGCUACCACUAGUAACCACAUGUAUACCCCUGGCAAAACAAACACUUGUGUGAUCAUCACAUGUACUGGUACACGUGGAUCCUCCACUCUUUAUAUCAUUGUACAUAUUUGUAAGGGAAAGAUUAAAGCAGCCCUCAGGUAGUGGUGGAAAUGGAACUGAAAAGCAGGUCGUAUGCACUGAAAGCUUGGAGGGUGCUGCAACACAGACAGUCCCUGUUAUCUCCAUAUAGGACUGUUAUCUCCAUAUAGGACUGUCUGAGCAUGCUUCCAGUUCCACAUAAGGGAUUAAUAAUACAAAUUGGAUAUUUGGACAUCACUAACGAAUUGUUGGCAGCAGCUUUUUUUUUUUUUAAAUGGGUUUUAUACAGAAAGGAUAAAUCCGAAAUAAAUUGGGUGGAGGUUGGGGUGGAAUAGGAGCUGACAUUUUGAUGCUGAUCACAUCAUGUGGAUUCUGUUGAAAACUUGUGUACAUGAGCAGCACCGAUCUCACAAUAAACAGCUGCCUGGCAGCACACUAAAACCCUGGAGAGCCACUGCCAGACCAAACUAAACUAGAUGGACCAAAUUUUUGACUUGGUGCAAGGCAGCUUCCUGUGUUGUUAAAAGCUGAAGUGGAAAUUUACUGGUUUAACAGUGGCUGCCUUUGGAUCCUUUAUUCAGCUUCCUAGAGUCCCUCCAGGAAGGACAGUCAAUGAAAAUGAAGGAUGCUUUUGGUUAUUCAUGGUGCAUUUACUGACUCCAGGAAAUUUGUUUGGGUCAGGGCCUGUCUACCCCAUGAAAACCAGAGCCCUUCACUGUUGUUAGCCUGUAGUGGUGCUGUUUUGAGAUGUGUGUGAUGCUAAAUUAAUGAGGAACAUGAAGGAAUUCCAUGGGGUCAGAUGUGGGAAGGCUGGGAGGGGGCAGUCAAGUUGCUCACCAUAAUUUAGGAAGAUAGGACAGAAGACCUCCAAAUACCUCAUGGUUAUACUGUACAAUUAUGUGAUUCUGGCGACAAAUUAAGCGCACCUUGCAUACAAAAAACAGAGCCUGCUCUAACAUUCGAGCUAUGAAUUUGUUACAAAUGCUAGACAGGAUUUGGUUUGGUUUUUAAAAAACUUAAAAGUCUGUACUUCGAAAUGAAAGUUUACCUUUAUCAACACCCCCUCUCUGCAGAUUUGAUUCUUACCUUAGUUCUUCCCACCUCAUUGUAAGUCUUGGGGGCCCAAAUAACUCUGGUGGCUUGGUUUGAAAAACCAAUACAUUUUGUUAAUUUAAACUCCCCCUCCCUGCCCUACAGUACAAUCUGCCAACGGAGGGAAGUAAAAACAGCCGGGGACCUUCUGGGAGUUACAGAGAGCAAGACGCUUUUGCCUUGUAAUGUGAGCCAGUCUUCAAGAAGGGCAGGUGGUUAUGCUUUGCAUUAUGCAAAGCAGCUGAGAGGCAGCCAAGCUCUCUCUAGUAACCAGCCGCGGAGUGAGCUGUGUUCGAUGUGUGCUAGUGCAGUUUCUCUCUCUCCAGGUGCUGGGGAUGGAUUUCAAGGACAGCGCUCAGCUGAUUGGCCCAGAGCAUCCUUCGGUCUCCUGCACUCCUCCCUCCACACAUAUUCCCCACAGCAGAGAUUGGAGGAGACAGUCGAGACUGUGUGUGUGUGCAGUGUGGCAGGAGGGAGUGUAAAUAAAUGGAAAGAUGAGCUGGGAUGCUGUGCACACAGCAGCAAUUCAGCCGGGAGAAGUUGAUGAGCAAAGAGUGUGGAGGCGAACUUGCAGAGCUACUGGGGAAGGAGACGCUGCUCUCUGAAGCCGGGUCACAUAAAGACCAGGCACACAUUGCUUCAUCACACAUUGAGGACUUAAAAGCAACUUGUCUCCCCCUCCGCCCAAGCAAACACAUCCACACAGACAGGCACAGAACCAUGUCUUUGGCAGUGAAGGAGAAGAGCCAAGUGCGCCUAGUGUUUCUGGGUGCAGCCGGGGUUGGCAAGACGGCCCUGAUCCGGCGCUUCUUGCAGGACACUUUUGAGCCAAAGCAUCGGCGAACAGUAGAGGAGAUGCACACCAAGGAGUUUGAGGUGAGUGGAGCCACCAUCAAGGUUGAGAUUCUGGACACCAGUGGUAGCUACUCCUUCCCAGCGAUGCGCAAACUCUCCAUCCAGAACAGCGAUGCCUUCGCUUUGAUCUAUGCUGUGGAUGAUGCAGAGUCCUUUGAGUGUGUGAAGACUUUGCACGAGGAGAUCCUUGAGCUGAAAGAGGACAAGUUCCCUCCCAUCGUAGUGGUGGGCAAUAAGGCAGAAGCCGGUGGGCUUAGACAGGUAUUGCCCGAGGACGCCCUCUCCUUGGUGGAGCUUGACUGGAACAGCCGUUUCCUGGAGGCAUCUGCUAAGGAGAACGAGAACGUGGUGGAGGUCUUCCGGGAGCUGCUUCAUCAAGCCAACCUGCCCAGCCGGCUGAGCCCUGCCCUCCGCAGGAGACGUGAGACCUUCCCUAAGGAGCCCCCACUGCGGCCCCCCAUGAACAAAGCCAAUAGUUGUACUGUCUGUUGAACUAUGUGAGAAUGAUAGCUGCAUGGGUUUUUGAGAACUUUGGUGACCUGUGUUUAGAGAUCAGGUUGCACCUGUCACAACAGCACUGUGGCACUCUGUCAUUUUGGGGCUCAGGAGCUGUUUGUGAACCUUGAUGGCUUGUCGUCGUGACAUAGUAAUUUCAGCUUUAGUGCCCCCAAGUCACCAAUGUUUGUGCCCAUUUCGUGCAUUUGAUUUUGAGUUGCAACCCAAGAAUUGGGAAGCCUGCGAUGCUGUGCACAGUGUAAUGUCUCUAAUUCUGGCCUGUUCUGCGGAUCCAAGCUGUUAUUGUAUAAAUUGGAAGAUAUGUCCCUUAAGUCAUGGAAGUGGAUGCCCCAGGAGUGAAAGAUGAAUGGCCGAACAGACCAGUUUUUGAGGCAACAUGGCUGAUGUUGACAAGGUCCAUAGCAUGAACUUAGAAGGGAAGAAUUUGAGGGCUCCUCUAGGAAACAUUUAAUUCCUGGGACACCUACUUAUCUUUCCCUGUUGCAUUGAUUUCUUUGUGUUUUGAGUGACUGAACAGACACGGUGUGCUUGAAGAUGGGAAAGAAAAGACAUUGUUGGUGCCUAUUGAACAUCCGGUGUGUGUGUGUGUGUGCCUCCCCCAAAACAGUGGGUUUUGUUUUUUGUUUUGCUUCAAAUGUGUGCAUUGACCAUUUGCAUGCAUGUGCUUUUGUGCAGACUUUGUUUAAACUGAGCUCACCAUUGUCUGAAGCACCUCUGCAUUGUGGAAAGAAAUACAUGUCACCCAGUGGGUCAGUCUGUGCCUGAGUAGGUAUGAUUUUAAUUUCCAACUUUUCAAGGGUUGUAACUAAUAAAAGAAAACUCAAACACCA